AUGGCUUACGGUUCGGUCGCCACGCUCAGCACCGUCGAGACGAGGACUGGCGGCAACGAACCUGCCGUACCGUCUUCGAGACAGCACAAUAGGCUUCAUGGCUAUGGCCAACUUGUUGGCGUCUCCAGCGUUCCCCUCAUCGGUUCAGAGCGUCCGAAUGCUCCAGUUACGACCAUGCUCCCUCCCGCUGUCAACGUUCCGCAGUCUUCGCGUCCAGUAACUACACCAGCCGACGAGUAUGCCAGACUUACUCGCAGGCAGCGCCGCGACGCCAGAGAGAAGAAGCGAAUCCAGAAAGCCGCGCGGGCCGCUAGAGAUGAGCUCUACAGGGCCCGACAGGUUGUCAAGGACGCUCAAGAAGUAGCCCGAGCUGCUAGAGUUCAUGCCUCCCGAUACUCUUAUAUCCCAGCUCCCAAGAACACUAGAGCGAUCUCUUCGACUCCUCGUACUGUCAAGAGCAAGAACUCUAAGACCAAGUCUGCGGGUUCGGUCCAUUCCGCUCCCAUGGAUAUGGAUGAGACGUGGUCCUGGAUAAAGGAGAGCUCGUCAGCAGCCUCUCAUGAUGGCAGCGCGCGUGAUCCUCGCUGA